AUGUCAUAUUCGAAGGUCAAUCAGGGACACAACACAUCAUUAAUUGAUCAAGAUGAUGAUCUAAUUCUGCAAGAUAAUAUUACUGCUCAACCAUAUAUAGUUCCAGACAUUGAACCAGAUACGAAGCCUGCUGCUGGAAUAAACGGUGGCGGUAGUGGAACCGGUAGUACCCAAGGUAACCCACCAGUGAUCAAACCACAAGUGCCCAUCAAUAGUUCGAAUUCGCAUGUAUUCCAGAUCAAUUUCUAUAGGCAAUUCUUUGAUCUUGAUACUGACACAUUUAUUCACAAGAUUCAAAGGGCGUUGAACCCAUUUAACAAUGCGUUUUCUGAAGGGGAAGAAAACCACAUUACUGAGCUUUAUGGAUUUAUUUGGAUCACGGGAACUCUUAUAUUCUUGAUGUUUGUUAGUUCUACUGGCUCAAACAUAAUAUCCAGCUGGAUCCAUGGAGGAAAUAGUACUGAGGGAGGCGAAACGAAGCAGUAUGAAUAUAAAUUCGAUCUUCUUAGACUUUCGAUUGCAUUGUUUUAUGGCUACAAUUUAUUUAUUCCAGCUGGACUUUAUGUGAUCACCUCUUGGAUAUUGAAGUUCCCACAUAGGCUAGUAUUUACAGAGAUAAUUUCAAUUUAUGGCUACACCAACAUAUUAUGGGUCCCAAUUACGUUCAUUAAUUUCAUCAUUGCCAUUUUAGUUAACAAUCAGAAGCAUGGUAGAAUUGCUAACAUCUUAGAGUGGGUAAUAGUUUUACUUAGUGGGGCUAUCACAGGUGCUAGUAAUAUAAUGAAGAUUAGUCCAAUUAUUGAAAAAAAUAGUUUAAUUCUUCAGGAAGGAAAUCCAGACGUCAAUGCUAAGAGAUUACAAUUGGGUUUACUUCUGGUGUUGAUAGUGUGCCAUUUGGCUUUUACGAUAGUGGUCAAGAUCUGCUUCUUCGGGUUACAGUGA